AUGCUGUUUUGCAGUGCCAGGCAGCUCGCCCGUGUGUACGGCGGCGGGGCCACCUCCUCCUUCGUACCAGGCAGUAGCAGUGUCGCCUCUGUCGCCGCGGCUGCCAACCCCGUCCACCCAACCGGCCGUCCCAUCGGUGCGAAGGCCCUCUUGGGUCGCAAAGCACGUCAAGGCAGCCUCUUCGCCAUCGCAAACGACGUCAGCCUGAACGAGAAGCGCAUACGACAGCAGCUCAAUGCGUUGCUUGCGGAUGAGCGCGACCCCUUUGCGGCUGGACGCACGCAGCGCCACGCCACCUACGCCGGUCACGAGGCCCCGCGUCCGUUUCCGCAGCGCCGGCUGGUGCAACUGCCCGGUGUGGAGCGGGUCCGCGAUCUUCCUGCUGACCCGAUCACGCGUCUCUUCUUUCAGCACCAGGGCGACCACGCGCUCUACUACGGCACCUACGACCGACCGAGCCAGCAAGAUGAGGACCGCGUGCAGCUGGAGAAGCGGGAGCCGAAGGAGUGGACGUUUAACGUGUUCACCCCCGUCUACGACUUCUGUCACCGCCUGCGCGAGGCGUCAGAGCAGCGGAAGCGCUUUGUGGUGGUGCCGUCGACAAUAGAGACGCGCGGGUGUGCGCAGGUGAUGUUCGACCACGGCCUCGUCGCGGGCUUUCGCGACUUCCACAACGACCGCGCCUUUGCGGUGGAGUUGAAGUACUUCCAGAACGAGCCAACGAUCAAUGUAAUUGAGCCGUGCAGCUACGACGGCAAGACGGAGUUUGAGUGGUCGCCGAAGAUGAUGCGUCGCCUGAUGAACUCGCACGGCAUUCACAACCGUCUCGUCAUUUAUAUUUGCCGCACAGCGGACAAUAGGAUCAUUGAUCACAUCCAGGCCGUGAAGGAGUGCGUUGGUGGGCGUGGUUUGAUGAUGGUGCACUAA